AUGGCACUGCUAACGUUGUUCCUCUCUUACCCUGCGUUCGUCGGCCUCCUGUGCGCACUGGUCUUUUUCGUCUCCUAUUUUGCAACCGGUUCUGGGAAAUCGGCUUUGAAAUGGCCACCUGGUCCGAAGCCCCUUCCGAUCAUCGGCAACCUGCAUUUGCUGGAUAUCAAGAGACAAGACAAAUCCUUACUGAAGUUUGCCAAGGAAUACGGGCCCGUGUUCACCCUCCAUUUUGGAUUCCAGAAAACCGUCGUCCUGACCGGUUACGAAGCAGUGAGGGACGCCCUGGUCAACUUCACGGAUGAAUUUGUGGACAGGCCGCCGAUACCCAUCUUUGAAGAGAUUCAGCAUGGAAAUGGUGUCUUCUUUUCGACGGGAGAGCUCUGGAGGACGACCCGAAGGUUCACGAUGGCCAGCAUGCGCAAUCUUGGCGUGGGGAAGAAAUUCCUCGAGGAACAGAUUACCGAAGAACUCGGUUUCCUUAUCGAGAGCAUUAAAGCUUUCGAAGGUGAGCCCUUCGGGCUCCGGACUUUCACCAUGGCCCCCACCAACAUCACCUUUGCCAUGUUGUUCGGGGAGAGGUUUGACUACAAAGACCCGGUCUUCCUCACUCUGCUGAAACUGAUCGACGAAGUGAUGUGCCUCCUUGGGUCGCCCCUCCUGCACCUGUUCAACUUCUACCCCUUCCUGGGGUUUUUUUUCAACGACCAUAAGCUUCUACUCCAAAAAGUCGAAGAGGUCCGCGUCAUUAUCCGGGAUUACGUCAAGGCGAGCAAGCGGGACGCCCAGGCCAACGGCCUCCGAAGUUACACGGACGCGUUAGUCUUCAAGCAGCAAGAGGACACCAGCAAGAAAGAGACCCUUUUCCAUGAUGAUAACCUGAUAGCGUCCAUCCUAGAUCUGGUCAUGGCCGGCACCGAAACCACGGCCACAACACUGCAGUGGGCCGUCCUGCUCAUGAUGAAGUACCCCUCAAUUCAAGAGAAGGUCCAAGAGGAAAUUGGGGCCGUGGUGGACCUGGGCGGCUGGGCCUCCUACGAAGACCGGAAGAAGCUGCCGUACACCAACGCCGUGAUCCACGAGAUCCAGAGGUUUAUCACGCUCCUCCCCCACGUGCCACGGUACACUACGGUGGACACCCAUUUCAGGGGCUACUUUAUCCCAAAGGGGACGACGGUCAUCCCAUCUCUCACCUCCGUGCUCCUGGAUCCACAUCACUGGGCGACCCCCCACGAGUUCAACCCCGGCCACUUCCUCGACGCCGAGGGGCGGUUUGUUCAGAAGGAAGCCUUUGUGCCUUACUCCCUGGGGCGCAGGAAUUGCAUGGGCGAGAGCCUGGCCAAGACGGAGCUCUUCCUCUUCUUCGCCGGCUUGCUACAGAGGUUCACUUUCCAGCCCCCUCCGGGUGUCGCCAUCUCGGACAUAGACCUGAGCGUCCCCAAGACCACCUUCACCCUGAGACCCCAGCCGCAGCUGACCUGCGCCGUCUCCAGGGAGUAA